AUGGCAUCUGAGCACAACAGCAGCACGGCAACCAAAGAUAUCGUAGACUCCCACAUCCACCUCUACGCGGCCUCCCAUAUCCCGUCACUGAACUGGACCGGCGACCUCGCGGCAGACCAUCCACUGAACAGACAAAACUCCCUCGACCAGUAUCGCGCCGCCGCACGGGACCAAUCUGCCAAUUUGCGAGGUUUCAUCUUCCUCGAGACAGACCGCAGAUCGGGGCUGCAAGACAAUGUAUGGCAGCAUGUUCUCGAGGAAGUUGACUUUUUGGUCAGAAUCGCCCGAGGCAGCCCGCGAGCAGGCGAGGGUCACCGGCCUGAAGACGCCGCGUUGGUUUUGGGAAUCGUGCCGUGGGCACCAGUACCGGCCGGCCAGGCGGGUCUUGCGAAUUACAUCCGACAAGUCCAAGAGCGUGCGGGAAAGGAGUGGUCUCUCAUCAAGGGGUUCCGCUAUCUCGUCCAGGAUAAGCCCGCUGGAACAAUGCUGCAGGACAAGUUCAUCGAAGGGUUACAAUGGCUAGGAGACCACGGCCUCACAUUCGAUCUGGGAGUGGACGCUCGAUCUGGUGGGUUACACCAACUCCAGGAAGCAUGUACGAUGAUGGAGCGAGUCUACGAGAACGGAAACGGCCUAGUAAUCAUAAUCAACCAUUUCUGCAAGCCCAACCUACGGCUGUCUGCCCAGGAAUCCCUCGCGUACAGCCACGCGGACUUCACAAGAUGGAAAGACUGUAUCGAACAAAUGGCCCGACAUCCGUCGACCUAUAUGAAACUCUCGGGGUUUUUCUCUGAACUGCCGGAACAGAACGACACCAGUCCGACCGCUGUCACCGCUCUUGUUGAGCGGACGAGGCCUUGGGUUGACGUCGUCUUCAAAGCCUUUGGCCCGUCCAGGAUCAUGUUCGGCUCCGACUGGCCGGUGUGUAAUGUUGGCGGUCCCGGCGUCAUCAAAUCAUGGAGCCACUGGCACGACCUAGUGGAAGCGAUCCUUGCCUCGCAGGACUUGACGGCUGAGGAACGAGCAAAGAUCUGGUCUGGCACUGCCAUCAAAGCGUACAGAAUUGACUGUGCCCGUUUCAUGAAAUAA